AAAUGGGUAUAGGGUUGGGUUAGGAAAAACACAAUCAUUCUCUUAAGCAGAGGAUCGGUUCUCACUCAUCACUCCCACACUAUUUUAUCCCUCUCACUCGCUUCAAAACUCUUUCAACUCAAAAACCAAAACCUCUCAAAUCUUCUUCUUCUUCUUCAUUCACCCUUCUCCAAUGGCGGGUGCGAUGAAUAAGAAGGUCGACAAGAUUCGCCAAAUCGUGCGUCUCAAACACCUCAUGUCGCGGUGGAAGCAAAUGAGCAUCAGCCGCCGCUCCGAGGACCCUUCCUCCACGCGCCGCCCUCCCUCCGGGUUCACCUUCGUGUACGUCGGCCCCGAACGCACGCGCUUCGCCAUACCCGCGCGUUUCCUCAACCUCCCCGUCUUCGAGGGGCUCCUCAAACAAACCGAGGAACAGUUCGGACUCCGAGGUAACGGCGGUUUGGUCCUCCCUUGCCAAGUCCCCUUUUUCUCUAACGUCGUUAAAUUUCUCCACAAGGACGAACACAAGUACGGGAAACUCUCUCUCCAAGACUUCCUCAACUUGGUCUCCGAUGCUGACGUUUCCGAUUCCUGUAAGGAAAACGUCGUCGUUUUCACCCCUCUGCUGCAGAAAGCAGAGGUUUGACGUCCCCGUUUCCUUUUCUUUUUCCCAUUGUCAGAAUCUGAAUUUGUAAAUGAACAACUACCCAGGAAUCUUUUCUCUUCUCUUUUUUUGUUUUUUUGUAAUGGGUUUUUGGUUCUUCUCAUCCUUGGAUCCACUCCUCAAAUUUUCAAGGGAGGGUUUCAACGAGAUGUCUUAGAACUUUUCCUUAGGCUCUGUUUUUUUUUUUUCCUUUCUUUUUGCUAGACUGGGUUGUCUUUCACUGUUUGUUUCAACGGAUGGAUGCCCAAUUUUAUUAUCAAAUUUUAGUGAUCAAUGAAGAAUUUCAUGGUUAGUGGUAACUCUGGAUCUGUGUUUUUUUUAGAAUAUCUAGCAAUUUUUUUGGCUUGGUCUUAUCUUCAUGAAUGCAACAAAUGGGUAUAUGUAUAUGCUAAACAUAUAGUAGUUUAUUCCGUAUACGUCUCAGGAUCCUCAAUUUGAGUGGUUAUAAAUGCAACCGGUUUGGUCUAUUUCGCGUUAACUCUUUUACGUUCAAAAGUUGAUACUUCGUAUUCAUGUUCUUCAUUUUUACUUUGAUUCAUACAUGUAAAAAUCAAACUUUGAGUGAACAAACCAGUAACAAAUAUUUGUUCAUUCGAAUGUGUUUGUAUAAUUAUCUGAUUCGAAUAAGGUUUUUUUCCGAUAUGUUGUGAAAAAAACAGACACGUGAUCUGCUAAAGAGAAUUACAAAAGUCAAUUUUUACUGGCACGCGAGUGUUUUGCUCUCUGAGUAAGAUUUGCUGCAUCAGCAUAUACAAGUUGUGCUGGAGAAAGUGUAGAAUUUUUUGCAAUUAUAGCAGUAAUGGAGUUAGCAAAAUAAACACGCAUCUUCAGGGCAAGCGUGCAAUUUAGAGCCCUAUUUCAGAGGGCAAAAGUAACAUCAAAAUCAGAAUGAGGUGUAUAGAAGAAAAGUCUUAUCUAAUCUAAAUGAUAUUAUGGGCAGCUAUGGCUGCUUUCCUGUUUUUUAUUAUCACUCAAACAGAUAUGUUGUCAUUCUCUAUAGUCUUAACAUGCGCAAAGAGAUUCUGUGGUUUUUUUUCUCGUUGAAUUUUAGCAAAGGAAUCUAAUCUUUCUGUUAUGUUUUCCUAAUUUUAGAAU